AUGGAAGAGGAUGAAACACCAGAUGCCAAGCCUCUCCUUGCCCUCGUCGUCUUCAACCGGGAAGACAAAACCAGGCGCCGAACAGACGUUAUCGAGGUGGCCAAAACGUUGACCUUCCCUGACUUUAACAAGGCCAUCGGACGCCUCGCCCUAGCCAACAACAUCACUGCUGCCCGAGGAUGGCAGCUACAAUGGCCACUCCGGGUCCUGUGGGACCUGGAUGAGGAAAGCAUCGACAAAGAGUUCGAACGUGGUGAAGCAGGUUCACUGCCGGCGACCGUCUUUCAGGCCAUAAUCCGGGAAGAUAACUUUAGGAGCCUGCUGCAGAUGAUCGAAAAGCGAGGCGGCAAAGACGUCAUUUGGGUAGAGGCGCAGAAAGUGCAUGAGGCCUUUGACGAGGUUGACAGGACCAAUGCUACCAUCCCCAGGAGCCAGAAAACGGAGCAGACGGCGUCUGGCAGAGAUGGACCAAACGGGACCAAAAGUCUUCAAGACAGUGCUUACAGACAGCAAACAAAGCAGACACCAAGCAUUAACCCACAACAACAACCCUCCGUCCCAACACCCCAGCCUCCCAAGAAAGACACACGCCGCAACAGCCGCGGCCACAGCCUCUCACCAAUCAAACCAAAAGCGCGCGCAAACCGCACAUCCGGCUCCCGCCCCAGCAGCGCCACCAAGCUGCACCGCCCCAAGCCCACAUUUCCGAACCUCAACCCGCUUAUCUACGGCGACGACCCCGCUGACCCGCGCUACACCGCUCUCACGAACUACAAGUUCGUCACCGAGCCGCACCCGAAAGGCCGCCCAAUCCUACGGCGCUGGAAGCGACUAGACAAGCACGGCGAGUUCAGCAUCAUAGCGCGCGCCGAGGAAGCGGAGAUGAAGAGCCGCGGCGUCGAUUACGAUGCUUACAUGAAGCGGGCGCGGGAGCGGGACGCCGUGGCUAGGGAGUUGUCGAGCAUGGCGCGCGUGGAGGACAAGGUCAAGCUGGUGGGCCGGUGGGGGUAUGUGCAUGGCGAAGUGGAGGAUCGGUCUACUGAGGGCGGAGACGACGAAGACGGAGCAGGCGACGAGGCGGCCAGCGGGACGGGGACGAGCGCAACGCAGGCGGCUGAGCGGGAAGUCAAGAACCACGUCGGCCUUGUGGCUCGACGGAGGGGAAACAUGCCCUUCUUGACCGACGACGACAGCUCGGAUGACGAGCGCACUUUGCCUGGCCAGGAGGUCUCUCCGAGCGUGGGCGCCUUGUCGCGGGCUUCGCUGUUGGGGGGCAAGGAAUCGAAGCGGAAAUUCUCGGUGGAGGAGGAUGCGGACCGUGGCCGUGAUAGUGAAAGCGGGUUUCAGGGGGAAAGGCCGCGCAUGCUAAGCUUGUGA